CUUCUCCUCACUUUCAACACCAAAGAGUAUUUAAUGUUCUCUCGCGCCCGCCAACUAGCUGGGCACUUCCAUUCUACCUUCAACCUCAAUAGUCUACCUCUUCCACGUCCUACAGCAAGACUGCUCUUCUCCACAACUACAGCCGCCAUGACCGAAGAAAAGAUCACCAACUGGGUAGCGCCCGAUGACAAAACCGGCGAAUUCAAACGCGGCCAAUCGCAAUUCCGCAACUUCAUCAAGAAAGGCGGCGAGUUCCCUCCCGAAGCAGGACGCUACCACCUCUACGUCUCGUAUGCCUGCCCCUGGGCACACCGCACGCUCAUCGUGCGCAAGCUCAAGGGCCUCGAAGACAUCAUCCCCUUCACGAGCGUGCAUUGGCAUAUGCAAGAAAAAGGCUGGCGGUUCGCGACAGCUGAGGAUAAGGAGGAGGAUGUCAAGGCGGAGGGCGUGACGAAGGAUCCGGUGAAGGGACAUGAGGGGUAUCAACAUUUGAGGGAGAUUUAUUUUCAGGUUGACCCCGAGUAUGAGGGACGCUUUACGGUGCCGACGCUGUAUGAUGUCAAGCAGGGGAAGAUUGUUAGUAAUGAGAGUAGUGAGAUUAUCAGGAUGUUUUACAGCGAAUUUGACGACCUCCUCCCCGAGAAGUACAAGAACGUUAAGCUCUUCCCCGAAGCGCUGCAGACGCAGAUCGAGGAGACGAAUGACUGGACAUACAACGACAUCAACAACGGCGUCUACAAAUCCGGCUUUGCUACUACGCAGGAAGCUUACGAAAAAGCUGUCAUCACUUUGUUCAAGUCUUUAGAUCGUGUGGAGAAACAUCUGAAGGAGACUGAGAAGGAAGGUCCUUACUAUUUUGGGAAGGAAAUCACGGAGGCGGAUGUGAGGCUUUACACGACGAUUGUGAGGUUUGAUGUCGUUUAUGUGCAGCACUUCAAGACCAACAUCAAAACAAUCCGCGCCGACUACCCGUACCUCCACCAGUGGCUCCGCAACCUCUACUGGAGGGUUCCUGCGUUCGGGGAGACGACAGAGUUCACGCAUAUUAAGAGGCAUUAUACGAAGAGUCAUACGCAGAUUAACCCGUUUAGCGUCACGCCUUUGGGCCCGGAACCGCCGAUUCUGGGUCUGCAUGAGGAGGUGGAGGCUGUUAGGUGGGCAUUGGAGAGGGCGAAGAAGUGAAGUUGCUAGGGGAUGAGAAGUGGGAAUAUUGGAAAAAAGAGGCGUUGAGAGGGGAUGAAGGAUGGUAAGGGGUGCAUUGCAUGCUGUAUGGAGUAAAUUAGCAUCUUCUUUUUCUCUUGCUAAGCCCGGUCCUUUGAUGCAUGGAGGAAGGGCUAUACAAUGUCCCAAGUACAUCUGGGACAAUCAAGUGAUUUUUUUAUUUUCAUUUUCAACUCCUUCCAUAUCCCAGAAAGCGUUGGGACAUUGAGAGCCUUUCAAUGUUUCCAAGCCUUUGGUAUAUUAGAAAAAUUGAAUGAUGCAUUGGGGCUUCAAGCAUAUAUAAAUAAACACAAACUCUUUCAGAACUGUG